AACCGAAAGUGGUGUUUGCAGACACAAGCUAUUACUCUUCUGAUGAAAAGAGAACGUAAACAUUUUUAAUCCAGAUGUUAGAAUGAUCUAAACAAAAAACCGCCAGUUACCGGAAACUGUAAUUUCAUCGACAGCAACAGACUAGGGUUACUAUAGUAUCUGUCGGCUCGAGCAUUAACGCAAUAUUCAUAUUCGUCAAAUUCCAUUUGCAUGUACUUUAAAUUGAUUUAUAUUACAGAAGAAAAUGUAAAUGGUAUUACCGCGUUGGUAAUGAAACUGACGUCACGUUUGCUUUGCCUGAUGUGAGGUGUUAGUCUGGAAUUAUCUUACAGAUACACGCGACUGUGGCAGGACUAUGUCAUGAAGUCACAGACGAAAUGGAGGGUUGUGUACCGGCUAGUACCGGUGGCAGUGUCCGUCCUCAUAUUCCUCGCACUGAUAAUGGUCCUAGUCUUCAACAGCAGACAACACAGACCUCCCAAAGACCAUACAUUUCAUUGUCACGUCGAGAACAUGGACACCAUUGACUUUCAGAGCAGCAUAGUGAUUAAAUGUGAUCUAGACACCACGUAUGUAAAUCGAACUUUGCAUUUACGUUUCGCAAUGAUGGAGUCUGUGGCGGAACCGGAAAUAGAAAUAUUUAAAUUAGUAGCAAAUUCCACAUAUCGUAAGAGACUUUGGACCAUAAAAAUUGGCGACCUUGGAAACAAAGUGAUAUUAACCAGAAGCACUGUCAAGUGUGCCGGAGCUGUAAAGUACCACGUGGGCAUCACAAUUGAUGACGUGGAACACAGUAUUGGUAUCGAUGUAAAAGAUGUUAUUGCCGAAACGUCCAUUCAAUUGUCCCGCGAUAUGGGAGAUUUCGGCGAGAAUGUGUCGUAUGGAGUGACCUGUUCUCUGCGCUCUGGAUGUUAUCCGGCCCCUGUUAUACUGAUGGGUUGUCAUGACAACAAAGUGACGAUUGUAUAUGACGUAAAUCUCACGUGCAUAUCACUGUAUAGUACCGAAGAGGGCUGGUCGAUUGAGUGUUCUGGUGUUGUCAUGGAUUUUACUUUGAGAUCGAUGUCAAGGCUGAUGUGCCGCCCAUACCCUUCAUACACAAAAUAUGGAUUGAAAGAGUCUUCCAUUCCAACUAACAGUCUAUUUUUGUCAGAGCCCCCACAUAGUUGUACGAACGAGGCAGCAGGGAGGAUGUUCCCGGACUCCUGGAGCUGUGGGGUUUACCAUAAAUGUGUCACGGGGUCCGUACUGAUGACACAAUCUUGUAAAAGAGACAUGUACUUUGAUUCUCAAAUGUGUACUUGUCGGAACGCUAGUGCAGUUUUUGAAUGUGGUCAAAACGGGAAAAGGAUAAAUCGUAUAGGUGUUAUAUCAUGUAUGCCAGAUGUAUGAAUUUAAGUGCGGAUAGAUUUUCCUGGUGAAAGAUAAGACGGUGUAAUUGUACAAUCAUACAUCAGGCCGGGGACACGUGUGACGUAGUUUCCCCGCCAUUUACAUGACCUAGUUGGACAGAAGACAAAAGACUGGUAUAUCGGGCACUGCACGAUCUUCAGAGGUAGCAACAAAAUGAAGAAACAAGAGUUGUUCGAUAUUCAUUGUUUGAUUAAAAGUGCAUUAUUUCCUACGAUGGCCAAUUAUAUGACUCAAAGUUUUGCGAUCGACAUCUCAUCCUCGAUACUCAAGGGCCACACUCACUUACGUUCUCUGCACCCCUAAUAUGUCAUGACAAAAUCGAAAGCUCAGUGUGCGCUACUUUAUGGAUGAGACGAGGAAGGCCAGUUUGAUCCUUUGACAUGUACAUCUAACGCUCGUUUGUAAUCUUCAACGGAUAGGUAUAUGUAUCUUUACCUGAGACCAAUCAAAUAACUAGCUUCGUACCUUCAUAUUCCCACAGGAGUACAGAGAGCGUAAGUGAGCGUAACCCCAGACGACUAUGAAACUCAAAUCUGCUUGUCAUGUCGUGACUCGCGUUAGGUUGAUUAGGCGGAAUUCCUUGGAAAGGAUUCGUGCGACGAGUUUUCAAUCUUUUGUGGGCAACUUUAUAUAUAUGACAACAAACCAUUCUUGCCUUGUAGGCCGUGCUGAGCUCUAUCAUGUUUCCGUUGAUUUGACCGUUUCGGCCUCACUCAUGUUCAUUAUCAUCACCAUAUCAACAUUAAUCAUGAAGUAAAAUGUCUCUUUUUUUUCUAUUUAUUUCUACUUUUACUUAGUUUUGAUUACUGGUCGAAUGUGAGGCAGCUCCGUCCACCUUCACGUCGUGUGGCAGCACAACCACAGUCAAUUUACCACAAGUCCACAACCACAGUCAAUUUACCACAAGUCCACAACCA